UCACGAAAAGAUAUCUUCUCUUCUUAGAAUUUGUGAUAAAAUCGGUGAAUAGAAGAGCGUUUUAAAGUACUAAUGUGAUGGAAUCUAUAAACCAGUGCCACUGCUGCCUGCAGCGGCCUUCGGCGAAAGAUUUGAGGACACCGUACACUCGUCUCGGCAUAACGGAAAUAUACUCGGUCAUGAUCGAAGAAUGCUUUGUAAUCAAACUGACACCAAGCAACAAUGGCAAGAGUGGUAUCUGCGAGGUGUGUCUGGGGCGGCUGCGGGAGGCGUGCCUCUUCAAGAUGCAGGUGCAGCACUGCCAGGCCGAGCUGCAGGAGAGGCUACAGGGAGGACUGAGGGUCAAAGAUGAGGAAGGCUUAGAUGAACCUGAAGAGGGCCCCUGCAGCGAGCCUUCCGAGCCGUCUCUACGUUCAGACGAGGAGUUCCCGGUCGCGCCGUGUGAAGACGGGCCGCCGGGCGAACAUCUGUUACUGUCUUCAGCCGGCGAGUACGGAGUUAGCUCGGCGCCUCUGUCCCUGCGCUGUAGGCAGCAGCUCGCGCUGGCGUGCUCCGUGAGGCUCGAGCGCCUCCGCCACUCCCCGCGCGCGAGCCAGCAGUGUCCCGUGACCAGUGUGCAGGACGUGACGUCAAACCGCGAGACGAGCCCCGCCAGCAGUGUGCAGGACGUGACGUCACACCGCGAGCCGAGCCCCGCCAGCAGUGUGCAGAACGUGCCCGCUCACACACCCGCCGAGCAACAAGCCCAAACACACGAUACUCGCCCUACACACACCACACACAACUCUAGUUUAAUCACACAUCAACAACACCAUAUCGCACCGCAAAUGAACAAGCAGACCUACUAUUGCGACAUGUGUAGCAAACAAUUUACGACAAAACUUACUUUAAUCCGACAUAUCAGAACACAUACACACCCGGAACAUACCUGCGGAGUUUGUAAUGAAGCAUUUCAAAAUAACUUAUUACUGAAUAAGCAUUUAAGUUUGCACUCAGCAGAGAGACCGUACGUGUGUGGAGAAUGCAACAAGCGAUUUGCAACAAAAAGCAUUUUGUAUAUACAUAGAAGAACCCACACUGGAGUCAAACCAUUCAAAUGUAAAGAAUGUAACAAGCAAUUCAAAGGAAGAGAUGGUUUAAAGUACCACGAAAGAGUCCAUAGUGGCGUGAAACCGUACAAAUGUAAAGAAUGUAACAAGCAAUUCAAAGGAAGCAAUGGUUUAAAGUACCACGAAAGAGUCCAUAGUGGCGUGAAACCAUACAAAUGUAAAGAAUGUAGCAAAGAAUUCACACACAAACAUUCUUUAGUUAUCCAUGAAAGAAUCCAUAGUGGAGUGAAACCAUACAUAUGUAAAGAAUGUGACAAGCAAUUUACAACAAAACAUUACUUAGAGACGCACAAAAGAGUCCAUAGUGGCGUGAAACCAUACAAAUGUAAAGAAUGUAGCAAAGAAUUCACACACAAACAUUCUUUAGUUAUCCAUGAAAGAAUCCAUAGUGGAGUGAAACCAUACAAAUGUAAAGAAUGUGACAAGCAAUUUGCACAAAAAGGUAAUUUAGAGACCCACAAAAGAGUCCAUAGUGGCGUUAAACCGUACAAAUGUAUAGAAUGUAACAAGCAAUUUGCACUACAAGGUAAUUUAGAGACCCACAAAAGAAUCCAUACUGGCUUGAAACCAUACAAAUGUAAAGAAUGUAACAAGCAAUUUACACAAAAAACUAAUUUAAAGAUGCACGAAAGAGUCCAUAGUGGCGUGAAACUAUACAAAUGUAAAGAAUGUGACAAGCAAUUCAAAGAAAGACAUAGUUUAAAGUACCACGAAAGAGUACAUAGUGGCGUGAAACCAUACAAAUGUAAAGAAUGUAGCAAAGAAUUCAAACAAAAUUAUUCUUUAGUUAUCCAUGAAAGAAUCCAUAGUGGAAUGAAACCAUACAAAUGUAAAGACUGUAACAAAGAAUUCACAACAAAACAAUCAUUAGUUACCCAUGAAAGAGUUCAUAGUGGCGUGAAGCCAUACAAAUGUAAAGAAUGUAACAAAGAAUUCGCACAAAAAAUUCAUUUAGUUGCCCAUGAAAGAGUCCAUAGUGUAAUGAAACCAUACAGUUGUAAACAAUGUGACAAGGAAUUCACACUAAAACAUCAUUUAGCUGUCCACAAAAGAGUCCAUAGUGACGUGAAACCAUACAAAUGUAAUGAACGUAACCAGCAAUUAAGUCAAGAAGAUAGUUUAGAGACACAUAAAACGAGUCACAUCGGAGAGAAGCCGUAUAGAUGUGAAGAAUGUAACAACCACUUUACAUUAAAAUCUGAAUUAGAGAGACAUAAAAAAAUACACACCGAUGAACAAUCAUACGAAUGCGAAAUAUGUGAAACACUUUUUUUCGAUGAAACAAGUUUAAUGAAACAUAUUGAAACACAUAUAUCCAGGAUACCAUAACUUUGUUGUUUUGUAAAAUGGUUCAUAACAGCUCAUAGUGUUUUAUUCGGGUUCAGUCAAUAGAAUUUCACUCUACUGCUAUUCACUUCACCAUAUUACUGGGUACAUUUUCACAGACAAAAUAUCGUAUAGUGGACCCAGAGAAACUAUGCUAACGUCUAUUUUUCAAUUGCACAUGUGAAUACAGAUGGCAAGUUACGGAAAGUUUCCAAAAAGUUCGAAAAGUUCUCGGAAAUUUCACAGGAAACAAAAAAACGUUACAUUUGUUCUUUGAAAUACAAUUUUAAUUGAAGUGUUGUCAUCAAAUACAGAAAGGACACUUCCUACAAAUCCGAAGUUUGACAGCGAUUCAAGGACGAAUCAUGCUAUCCCUUUCUAAUGUAUGGCACUAUCCAUUUCGGCUAUUAGGGUUAUCCAAUUUCAAGUAAUUAUGUUAUCUGUGGUUGUACACGCAAGGGAACGUCAACUUGUGUCGCCCUAGGUAGGUACUUCUUUUUUACAUAGCACUGCUAAGGGUAUCGAAGUAUUUUUCGGUGGGCCUUAUAUUAUAGUAGUAGUAGUAGUAGUAGUAAAAUACUUUAUUGUACAAAAAGAAACAUAAAACAUGAAAGAACACACAUCAUUAGUACAAAGGCGAACUUAUCCCUUUCAGGGAUCUCUUCCAGUUAACCCUUGAGCAGUUGAGGGAAAAUUGGAGAACGGUAGACAUAAAAGCUGUACUAAACGGCAUAAA